ACACAGUUAUCUAAAAAUAAAAUAUGAAUAUACGUUGUGCAAAGCCAGAAGAUUUAAUGACAAUGCAGCAUUGUAAUCUGCUGUGCUUACCUGAGAACUAUCAAAUGAAAUACUAUUUUUAUCAUGGACUUACUUGGCCACAACUGAGUUAUGUGGCUGAAGAUGACAAGGGCAACAUAGUAGGCUACGUGUUGGCUAAAAUGGAAGAACCUGAAUCGGGUGAGGAUAGCAAACGUGGCCAUAUUACAUCGUUGGCGGUUAAACGGUCUUAUCGCCGUUUGGGUUUAGCGCAGAAAUUAAUGAAUCAAGCAUCCCAAGCCAUGGUGGAAUGUUUCGAUGCUCAAUAUGUUUCAUUGCAUGUACGUAAAAGUAAUCGUGCCGCUUUAAAUUUGUACACGAAUACUCUAAAAUUUAAAAUUAUCGAAAUUGAACCAAAAUAUUACGCCGACGGGGAGGAUGCUUAUUGCAUGCGCCGUGAUUUAAGUGAGUUUGGCAAACCAACGAAUGUUAACAAACCUAUCGACAACGAUGAAAGUCAGGGUGACAGUGACAGAGUUAAUUAUCGUGUUCAAGCUGGCGUAAUUACCCACGACCAUAGCGGUCACGAUGGCCAUUGCUGUUAAGUGCCGUUAUCCAAAUUUAUUAUUAUACUAUCGGCUAGAUCAUCCGCUGCAUUUUUAUCACACCUUUUUGCGAAUAUCCUAUAAUUUUUCUAUUCCAUUCUAUGAAUAUAUAUUUAUGUAUAUAUAUGUAUAAU